AAUCAAGGGAGAAAUAAGGGGGGAAAAAAAAAAAAACAGCCCCUAAACCAGAGAAAGAGAGAAUGGUUGCGGCUCUUGCACUCCACCGCACAUUCCUCCACAUAAUUCCAUCGCCGGCGACUUCCCAUUCGCAGCCGGCGAACGGCAUCGAAGAUCCAACGAUCUACAAGCCUUUUUCCUUUCCUGCAUCUACUCAUGCGAAGGGGAUGCGAAGUAGGAGGACUUGUCGUCCGGCUCCACUGGCAGCGAGGGCGGAUGAUUCAUCGGCACCUUCGGAGAUGUCAGUAGAGAACGCUCUUAAGGUUCUCGGUGUGCGGGAAGGAGCCUCUUUUGAUGAAAUCCUUCGCGCUAAGAGUGCAAUCGUUGCCUCCUGCAAGGACGAUGAGAAAACCAUCGCCCAGGUAGAGGCUGCCUAUGAUAUGUUGCUCAUGAAAAGCUUAAAUCAGCGUAGGUCUGGGAAAGUUGCCAACAGUAACAUUCGCUAUGCCGACGUUAAGCCUGCUGGUAGUCCAGGCGCUGGAGCCUUGCCACAGUGGCUAAAAUCAGCGGCCAAGAAUGUACCUAUUUCUAUUGAAUCUCCAUCCGCCGACACUUUAGGCAUACAGGCAGGGGUUUAUGGUGCUCUAAUGGUCUUUACAUUGGUUAGUGGAGCCUCUACAAACUCAGCUGGAGUUUACAGUGGGACUGAUGUUCCAGGGCUGAUAUUAGUUGCUAGUUUUGGAGCCUCAAUCUACUUUUUGAGAAAGAAAAGCAUUAAUUUAAGAAAGUCGACUUUGAUGACUGCAGGUGGUCUUGUGGUAGGUGCGGUGGUGGGAUCUGCAGUUGAAAAUUGGUUGCAGGUUGACAUAGUGCCAUUUUUUGGCAUCCAUUCUCCUGCUGUCAUUGUAAGUGAAUUUAUCCUUUUGUCUCAGCUAUUGGUGUCUCUUUACCUGAGGUAGGUUUGAAGCUUAACAAAAUUUUACCAUGUAAUUGUCAACAUAUUCAAGCGUUUUAAGUUUUGUUUAGUUGCUUUGCAUGUAUAUGAUG